AUGAGCACAACCAGGUAUUUAGAACAAAUUAAACAUUUAGCAAAACAUCGAUAUGAUUGGGAAAGCGAUAAGCGUGCAGUUCUCAAGUCUUUUUCGAAAUCAAACUCGAAUAUUAUAACAAAUUUGGUCAAAGAGCUUGAGGUAAACUCUAAACUUCAUGGCGAUUUUAUUACAAAAUGUUAUGGGGUUACGCAAAAUCCAGAUGAUGGACAAUACAUGAUUGUGAUGGAAUAUGCGGCCCAUGGUGAUUUACGUCGAUAUUUACAAGAUCCAGAGACGUUAAUUAAUUGGAAAUAUAUAAUUUGUCUUUCUCGAUGGAUCAUAGGAUCACUAUGCAAAAUGCAUGAGUGUGGGUUUAUUCAUAAAGAUUUUCAUACUGGAAACGUACUUAUUAAUCAUGCAAGAAGACCACUAAUUGCAGAUAUGGGGCUUACUACUUUGGAAUCAGACGAUGUAAUCGGUGUCAUGCCAUAUAUUGCUCCAGAAGUUUUUUGUCUUAAGUCAUAUACUCAAGCAGCAGAUAUAUAUAGUUUUGCCAUGAUUAUGUGGGAAUUCUCAUCACAACAACCACCGUUUGGCAAACUAGUACAUGAUCACAAUUUGGUAAUAGAAGUUUGUAUAAAGCACCGGCGACCUACUAUUGCAAAGGCAACACCCCAGUGUUGGAUUGAUCUUAUGCAACAAUGCUGGGAUUCUGUUCCAGAAAAACGCCCAACUGCAAUGCAAGUGUUUCAAAAACUUGAUAAAUGGUAUCAGGAUACUCAAAACAAUAUAUGGUCAGAAGAUAUAAAACAAUUUCUUUUAUGUGAUGAGGAACGAUAUAAAUUUCGUAGCAUGUCAAAAGAGAAAAUUGAAGAACAUUAUUCUACGCAUCCACAAGCAAUUUAUAAAAGUCGAUCUAUGUCUCAUUAUAUUAGUCUUAUGCAAUCUUGUCAAAUUGAUUUGAAUGAAAAAGCCAACGAAAAAUCAAUUAAUACUCCCUUGAAUUCUUCAAAAAAAAGAUUAUAUUCAAAUAUCGGGUUGAAGGAAAACGAAACUGGCAUAACGCAACAGAUUAUCGAUAUUUCACUCACUAAUAAUUCAUCAAAGAAAGAAUUAUACUCAAUACAAGAAAGAUCUGAGCUGGAAGCAAACGAAAUUAGUAUGACGCAACAGAUUGAUAUUUCACUUAUUCCUAAUUUACCAAAAAAAAAAUUAUGUUCGAUACAAGAAAAAUAUGAGCAGGAUUCAAACGAAACUGACAUAACGCGACAAACCAAUGACAUUUCACCCAGUCUUCAUUUAUCGAAAAAAAGAUUAUACAUGGAGAUACAAGAGGUGGAGGAUGAUCAUAAUGAAGAAAAAUUUGAAUCGGAAAUGAGUGAAACUGGUAUAACGCAACAUAUUGAUUUAGUUUCGCUUAGUUCUUCUUCAUAUAAAAAGGUUCGCCGCACAUAA